UGUUCAAAAUUGUGCCGCAAAUCCGGACAAUCCUUCACAGUGUAAUAUGAAUAGUUCAGAAGUAGUGCAGUUUGAACACUCUUCGACGGGGGAUUUCAAGUAAAGCGCCGUAAUCGUGUCUUGCCAUAGGAAUAGCCCAGCGGAAUUACCGCACUGCUACAACGCAAUACAUCUACCUCAGUUACGAGUCGAGCAGCGGUCGUUUAUACCAAGCCACAUUCUGGAAAGGUUCCAGAGAAACAAAACCACGGAUACUGCGUUCUAUCAAACAGUGUCCACCAUGCGAUCCGUUCACAGGUUCAACCACAGAAUAUCCCUGAAGAUGGCACAUCGCCCCGUCAGUGCAAUGUCUCGUCAAGAAUCUGAAAUGAUCAACCGCAGCCGCCGGGCUCUAUCCUCGGGCACGCUGACCGACUCGAUCGAGAAGCUGCGCCACAUGUGCCUGGCCCGAGGUGCCUCGGGAAUCCUCGGCCUGGGACGCUGCUUCCGCCGCAUGGACGACGACGGCAACAAGGCCCUGAACCUGGAGGAGUUUACCAAAGGUCUGCUGGACACCGGGCUGGACGUUACCAACGAGGAAGCCUCCGAGAUGUUCAACAAGUUUGACACUGACGGAAGCGGUUCCGUCAACAUGACCGAGUUCCUGAUUGCCAUCCGGCCUAAUAUGUCCGAGUCGAGGAAGCAGAUUGUCGGGGCUGCCUUCGCCAAGCUGGACAAAACCGGAGACGGAGCGAUCACCGUUGAGGAUCUAAAGAACGUCUACUCGGUCAAGAACCAUCCCCUAUACAUCAGCGGGGAGGAAACGGAGGACAACAUCCUGCGAAAGUUUCUGGCCAACUUUGAGGAGAACGGAAACGCCGACGGAACGGUUACCAAGGAGGAAUUCCUCAACUAUUACGCCGGGCUGAGCGCUUCGAUCGACUCGGAUGCCUACUUUGAUCUGAUGGUUCGCCAGGCUUACAAGCUGUAAAGGGGCGCGUUUGACACUGCUAUUACCAUUGCUAUUCUGUGUAUGUUCUAAGUCGUUACAAAUGCAACAAUUAUUUAUUUAUUUUACAUACUUUAGAACUUACAAACUGCUGUUUGGAACAUAGAAUCUAUACGUUUUAACGUGAUAAUCCGCCCAAAAGUUUAAGGCUAACGGUAUGUUCGACGCAACUCUGUCUCCUCUAAUCAAUUAUCUUGUUUCUAAAACCAUCACAAUUCGAAUCUUGAGAAACAUUCUAUUUAAUAAAUAACAACAAUGCAUUUCUGUGCUGGUUUGAUGAAGAAAUAAAAAUGAUUUUAAAACAAGAAGGACUUAAAUCAUGAUCUGCGACAAUGCGAGAGAGAGAGAGAGAUAGAAAUAAAGGUAUGUUCAACAGAAAA